ACCGCUCGGCAGCUUCUUGCUUCCCACCUAAACAAAACCAAACACAAGCCAGAGAACGCAAGAGCCAGGAGGAAGGAAGCAUGGCGGGAGGGAGACGGUUAGGCCAACCGUUGUGAUCCUCCCUCCACCUCCUCCACUCUUGGCGCCAAAGCAAAGCCGUUAGAUUAUUGGUCACCAUCUCGAACCCAACCCGCUUCCACCCUCCCACCAUUUAUCCUUCGAGGAGAAAAUAAACUCGGCAUGCCUCCUCUGCCCCACAACAAUGCGGCCGCCUUCGUCGUCGUCGUCAGCGGCGCCGGGGAGCAGCGCCGGCCGGGUGUCGGCGUUCACGAUGCGCGCGGUGGCGCGCAUGUCGAGGGCUCGGUGGUUCAUCUUCCUGCGCCGGGUGUACCAGUACCAGAACGGCCCGAGGUCCGACCUGGUCUCCAACCCCUUCAACUCGCCCGGCUGGCUCGCCCUCGAGCUCGGCGUCAUCGUCGCGCAGAUGGUCCUGACCACCGCCGUCGUCGCAAACUCACCCAAGGAGCGUCCCGCGUGGCCGCUUCGGCUCUGGGUCGCCGCCUACAACGUCGGCAACGUGCUCAGCCUCCCCCUCCUCUAUUGGCGCCACAGGCAUUAUCCCGCCGCCGCCGGACGCGGCGACGAGCUCUCGGGCGACCCCGAGAUGCACGGCGUCAACGACGCGCUAAGGGACAGCUCGUAUCUAAUGAACAAGGCGAGGGCGUUCCUGGAGCUGUUCUUCGCGAUGUGGUUCGUGAUGGGCAACGUGUGGGUGUUCGACGCGCGGCUCGGGUCGUUCCACCGCGCGCCAAGGCUGUACGCGCUCUGCGUCGGCCUGCUCGCAUGGAACGCCGUCGUCUACUCGCUCCCCUUCCUCCUCUUCCUCCUGCUCUGCUGCUUCGUCCCCAUGGUCGGCUACGCGCUCGGCUACAACAUGAAUUCGGCCUCCGUCGGCAGGGGCGCCUCUGAUGAGCAGCUCGCCGUGCUGCCGCGGUGGCGGUUCAAGGAGCCCGAAGUGCCGAGAGACCGCGAGCACGACAAUCGAGAGUGCUCCAUCUGCCUGGCGCAGUACAAGGAGAAGGAGGAGGUGCGGCAGCUGCCGUGCACACACAUGUUCCACCUUAAGUGCGUGGACCGGUGGCUGAGGAUCAUCUCCUCUUGCCCUCUCUGCAAGCAAGAGCUCAGCUGAUGUGAAGUUGGCUCCUUAUAAAUGCUGACUGUGCCGGCCGAUCUGUAGAGCUUGCACCCUAAGCCAGGGGAUAGGUCGGAUGCGCUACCUACAAAUGCCGCGACCUCCGGCCAUCGGCCGAUGCAUGCGUCGCACCUCUCACAGAAACUUCGUUCCAAAGGCCUGUACUGACUAGAUGCUGAGAAGCGAUGGGUGGUACACUUGUAGGUUACAAAAGGGUGAUACAUAGUCUAGAAAAAGAAAAAAAAGGCCUUUUGUGUGUAUUUUGCUGUGCGUGCGUGUGGGCCAUUGCUUCACAUGACAUUGAUAGGCAGAAAUAGUUUUUGCGAGGAGAUCUCAUGAGGAAUAAGAUACGAAUUUUUAUUGGUUCUAAGUGA